UUUGUUUGUUUGCUUGUUGUUGAUUUGAAAAACCCAAUUUUUACAUGAAUUAAGCGUAAAUUUUGAUUUCUUGAUCUUUCGUAACUAAAAUUAGUGCUCAAAUGAAGCUGAAAGGCUAAGGUUUAAUGGAAAAUAAGAUGUCAUCAGUUGCAGAGCUGAAAGAGCGGCACAUGGCCGCUACAGAGACUGUCAAUGCCCUCGGAGAUAAAUUAAAACAGAAGCGUCUGCUCCUUCUCGACACUGAUGUUGCAGGAUAUGCGAGGUCUCAAGGGAAGACUCCGGUGACUUUUGGCCCGACCGACCUGGUUUGCUGUCGGACCUUACAGGGUCACACCGGAAAGGUAGCCCUAUAAUUUCGCACUGUCAAA